UAUCAGCUGACCACACGUAGCAGCUAGUAGUGUGAAAACUCUGCUCUGCUAGAAGUUACCUUUUCUUUUUUUUUUUUUUUUUUUUUACUCGUUAUUAAUUUCUUUGACUUGUGAAUAGCCGAGUGGACAUUAGCAGUGUAUGCAUCGCUUUUCCAAAACAAUUCACUUGAGGUGAAAAGAGCUGGGCAAACCAGUUUCUCCUAAUAGGGUACAAGGUAAAGUAGUUCCUUCCAGUCCAGAUGUCGUCCUCCACCACCCCCUCUGUUGUCCUCAACACUGGGGUUCAUAUGCCCCUCCUGGGGUUGGGGACUUACAAGUUGCAGGGCUCUGAAGAAGUGUAUCGGGCUGUGGAUGCUGCCUUGGCUGCAGGUUACCGGGCCUUCGAUAGUGCAGCUGUGUACCGGAAUGAAGCUGACUUGGGCCGAGCCCUGAGGGAGCUCCUGCCCAAGCACGGCUUGAGCAGAGAGGGUGUAUUCAUAACCAGUAAGUUGGGCCCUAAGGAUCAGGGUGAGCGGGCUAUGGAGGGUGCCCUUCACAGCUUGUCUCAGCUGGACUUGGGUUACAUUGACCUCUAUCUGAUCCACUGGCCUGGCACACAGGGUCUGGCAGUGGCUGACCAGCAUAAUCAAGGAAACCGAGCUCAGAGUUGGGCUAUGCUGGAGGAGCUGCAUGGCCAGGGGAAGCUGAAGGCCAUAGGAGUGUCCAACUACACAGCAGCACACAUGAGAGAACUAAUGCAGAGCUGCAAAAUCCCCCCUGCAGUUCUGCAGGUAGAGUUUCACCCACAACUGUGCCAAGCAGAGCUGAAGAGUGUUUGUGAGGAGUACGGAGUGUGUUUCCAAGCGUACUCCUCUUUAGGGAGAGGAGAGCUGGUUACUGACCCCGUGGUCCUGGAGGUGGCAAAGAAGUGCCAACGCACACCUGCACAAGUCCUACUGCGCUGGGCGGUGCAGCAGGGCGUCCCUGUGCUCCCCAAGUCCUCAAAUGCGGACAGAAUCCAAGAAAAUGGCAGACUUUUUGAUUUUACACUGAGCGACACUGACAUGGACAGACUGUCAGCUUUGGACUGUGGGCGGAGGUACUGCUGGGAUCCAUCGGGGGUGGUCUGAAACCAUCUUUUGUUCUCCAUGAUGCCUACUGGUCUUCAGUUUCAACAGUGGUGGGAAACCACUGCAUAGUUUAGUUAAGCUUUUACAAGCAUUGGUCCCACACUUGGUUAAUGUAUCGAGGAUCCAGACAAAAGUACAGCACACUGUGAGAUGAACUGAGUGUUUAUGUAACAUUUUGAACCCUGCCCAUCAUGUGACCUUAAGCCACGAUACACUGACAGCCUUUCCUUUUGUCGCCUGAUAAUAAAAGCUGUUUACAUAUCUGUCAUUUUAAGAGUUGUUCCGCAUUCUUCAUAAUCUCUGGCCUUUCCUUAAUUAUCUGUGAACGAUCAGAAAUCUGCAGUGAACAGACUCUUAAUGGUGUUCAAAGCCUGUGUCGUGGAGAAUUUCAGAGAACAA